GGUAGUCUUCAGGAGAGUUGGAGUGUCGUGGUAAUCAUGGUCAUCGUAGUCCUAGGCAGUGGCACCACGGAGAAUGGCCUCGCCGACAGCAGCCUCACCACCAGCAGCCUCGCCACCACCGAGCCAUGGCCCUGCCACGAGGGGCCUUGCUGCCCAGGGCCUCGGCCCUGCCGUGAGCAGCCUCACCGCCCCAGGCCGUGGCGCUGCCGCAAGUGGCCUCGCUGGAGCAGCCCCUGUCCAGGGAGCGGCCCUGUCUGGAGAGUGGCCUCGUCCUGGGAGCGGCCUCGUCCAGAGUGGCCUUUUCUUGGGAGUGGCCUGUAUAGGGAGCGGCCUCGCCAGAGCAGCCCCUGUCCAGGGAGCAGCCCUGUCUGGGGAGCAACCACAUCAGCAGCGGCCUUGUCCUGGGAGCGGCCAUGUUCAGAGUGGCCUCUUCUUGGGAGCGGCUCCAACUGGGGAGCAGCCUCCUCCAGAGCAGCCUCGUCCAGAGCGGCCUCAUCCGGAGGGGCCUUCUUGGGAGUGACCAUGUCGUGGUCAUCAUCGUUGUCUCUUCGUAAGAGAUGGCCCUUACCAGUCAGUUUGAUUUUUGAUGCUUGGCGUGAAAUAAAGCUUUGUUUGAUUUUUGCUUUUUGUCAGUCUCCUUCCUUUGGUCACGGACCCU